GAGGUGGUCCUGUACUGUCUGGACCGGCGGAUCUGUGACGUAAACCACCGAGAUAACGCUGGGUACUGCGCCCUGCACGAGGCCUGCGCCCGCGGCUGGCUCGACAUCGUACGCCACCUGGUGGAGCACGGAGCCGACGUCAACUGCAGCGCCCAGGACGGGACCAGGCCGCUGCACGACGCCGUGGAGAACGACCACGUGGAGGUGGUGCGCUUCCUGUUGGCCUGCGGCGCCGACCCGACCCUGACGUCUUACUCUGGACGAGGACCAAUCAACAUGACCCACAGCGCUGCCAUGGAAAUGUUUCUGGAGGGUAAGACGGGGACCCUGAGGUGGAGUCAAAACCGUGAAAACCGAAAUCAUUUCAGAAAUGAAACCGUGAACAAAGAAAUGUCGACUGUUCAGGUCAAACCGUCUGUGCUGCUGAAACGUUCGGUUUUAAAACGACGAUGGAAACUAAAUAAAAAUCUGUUGUGUGAUUGGUUCUCUUCUCUAGAGACGCCGUCCAUAUUCGUAUCAUGUGGGCGCGUCCGGAGCCGUCCGCCCGUUCCGGUUCUGUUCGGCCGCAUUCUCGGCUAACGCCGCCACAUUCUG